AUGGCUAUAUUUGCUAGACAGUCGACGCACUUGUUAUCUGUUUCCUCUCCUUUGAUUGCUUCGAUUGCUUCUUUCGCAUCCACCUCCAACAGCAAGUUCUUCAUAUUUAGAGCUUUCGCUAUGAUGUUCAAUCCCUUGGAGAUUUCAGCCGUAGUCUUCAGUAAGAUAAUGAGCAACACUUUCCCGUCUAUUCGCGGUGUCAAUUUUUGGUCCGCCAAUCGUGCCAUACCUUUACAUGUUGAAGAAUUCUGGUUUUUACCUUCACAGUCCAAGAAAGAGCAGAAAAGCCUCUAUAAUGCAUGGACAACUACCUCAAAAUUGCUGGAAUCUGUUAGAACCAAAAGAACUGAAUUACAGUUGCUGAGGCAAAACUUGAAGCUGAUUUCCAUCCUCAAGGGGUUCAUGCGAUCAAAUGCUUUAUCAUCUAUUGACUAUUCAUUAUCUGGGGCUACUGAAGCUUUGAAGGUUAGCACACUCCGCCUUCCAGUUGUUUGUGGGUCAAGGGCUGAUGUCCUGAAAUUGAAGGAUGCAAUAUGUUCAGCUAUCAAUGUAAUGCAGGCAAUGACAUCCUCCAUAUGCUCAUUGUCACCAAGGGUUGCAGAACUUAACUCAUUGGUGGCAGAACUUGGAAGUAUAAGUGCAAAUGAGUUUGUUUUACUGAAUCAGUGCAAAGAUCUUCUGUCCGCAAUGGCUGCUAUGCAAGUGACAGAAUGUAGCAUGAGAACACAUAUUUCGCAACUAAAUCGUUUAUCCUCUCUGGCUUGA